AUGGCAGUAGCUGAUUCUUCAGGAACCAGUACUAAUAGCACAGCAACAACUUCUGCUCCAGCAAUAACUUCUGCUCCAACAACAACUGCUGCUCCAGCAAUAACUUCUGCUCCAGCAAUAACUGCUGCUCCAGCAACAACUGCUGCUCCAACAACAACUGCUGCUCCAACAACAACUGCUGCUCCAACAACAACUGCUGCUUCAGCAAUAACUGCUGCUCCAACAACAACUGCUGCUCCAACAACAACUGCUGCUCCAGCAAUAACUUCUGCUCCAGCAAUAACUUCUGCUCCAACAACAACUGCUGCUCCAGCAACAACUGCUGCUCCAACAACAACUGCUGCUCCAACAACAACUGCUGCUCCAACAACAACUGCUGCUCCAACAACAACUGCUGCUCCAGCAAUAACUUCUGCUCCAACAACAACUGCUGCUCCAACAACAACUGCUGCUCCAACAACAACUGCUGCUCCAACAACAACUGCUGCUCCAACAACAACUGCUGCUCCAACAACAACUGCUGCUCCAACAACAACUGCAGCUCCAACAACAACUGCUGCUCCAGCAAUAUCUUCUGCUCCAACAACAACUGCUGCUCCAGCAAUAACUUCUGCUCCAACAACAACUGCUGCUCCAACAACAACUGCUGCUCCGGCAAAGAAACCAGCGGAUAAUCAAGGACCACCACAUGACAGGAAACCAGCGGAUAAUCAAGGACCACCACAUGGCAGGAAUCCUGAGCCUAAAGGUUUUGGUUUUGGAGAAAUCGCAUCAGCAGAUGAGAAGGCAGCUAAAACCUUCCCUGCAGAACUAGCCAAAAUAAUUGAAGAUGGGCCAAAUUUUAAUGCCGAUGAAACGGAUGCAGAUGAGAAGGACAACCUUACUAUCGUUGAUGCAUGGAAAAAAUAUUCUAUUUUGGUUUGCAUUACAUAUGCUUCAAUGGCCAAAGAAAAGUUAAGAGUAUCAACACUAAAUUCCUGCUGGAAAGCACUUUGGCCAGAAUGCGUAAAGAGUGGUACCUCAGUGCCGCUAGCGUCGGCGGAGACUUCUAAAAUUAUAGCCUUGGCACACGAAAUGGGAGGAGAAGGAUUUGAAGACCUACAAAUUAAAGAAGUCGACGCAUUAAUGAUAGAUAAACCUCUAGAUGAUGAUUGUCUGAUUGAAUUAAUAACAGAUGACGGCAAAACAGAGAACAAUAAUAGCGAUAAUGACGAGGAGGCCGAAAUAUGUCAACUAACUGCUAGUUUAAUUGAUGACGGUCUAAAAUUUGAUCCACAAUAUUUGAAACAAGAUUCUUAG